AUGUCUUCUCCUCCUCCUCUCGCUAAGGAGACUGGCCCUUCGGACGCUGAGAGAAAAUAUCCACGAUAUCGGCCCCAGGUACACAGCUUGAAUGUUGAAACAGAAGAGGAGCGGGCGGCCCUCUCACAACGUCGGAAUUUACUUUUUACGGCUCAGGUUGACAACAUUUACGUAUGGAUUCCCAGUGGACCCCGCCAGCUCCUUGGCUCCCAACCUGAAAUGAUCAUCCACCCGGUGAUGAAGGAACCCAAUGCGGCUGGAUACAUCGACCGUUCUAGGCCUCAUACAAUCAAUCAUAUUAUUGUGGAUGAUUUGGGAGUUGAUGAGGUUUUACUGUUAGCGACAGACUCUGGAAACGUCACUGGCUACAAUGUCGAGGCUAUUUUCUCAGCAAUCAACAGGAGUGCCAAAUAUGGAGGCAAACGACCAUUUGAUGCGCGUGAAGUAAAACCCUUCUUUGCUGAACAUGUUCAAUUAAGUGCCUGGGGCUUAGCCACCCACAAAUUUGCUCGGUUGAUUGCUGUGAGCUCGAAUACAGGCCUUAUCACAGUCUUUGCUUUUGCUUUGAUGGAUGUUGUGUCUGAGGGUGAUGGUACGAGUCCCAAUUCCUCUGUGACCUCAAACAUGGGAGACUCUGAUGUGUUGGAAAACACAUGGGUAUACAUAGAGACCGCGCCGUCGAUGGAGGAGCUGAAAAAGGACAUGCCCCAUCAUCGAACGCGCAACCUGCGGCUCAGCUAUAAGGGUCAUUUUGACAAUAUCCCAUGCGUGUCGUUUGCCAACUUUGAAUUAGACCCCAACGGUCUGUGGAUGACCAGCACGGACAUCCUCAACCGAGUCUUUGUAUGGAGAGUCUGGGACAGCCUAAGUCCUGUCAACACAUCCAGUUAUGAUUGCCCACGGAGUGAUCAAGAGCAAAGGGGAUGGUUUGUCCUGCCUUUGCAUCCUCGCAGAGUUCAGCAGCAUCGAUUGAAGUUUGAUGCCUGUGGAUGCGAACCAAAGCCAAGCACGAUGAAUGGUCGAAUGAUUUUUGACGUGUCACGUGCGGCCGAUUAUGUUGAGAACAGAACAAUCAUCGCUUCUGAGAAAGUCGCUGCUGAAGAACGUGCAACAAUUUCGAGGCUAUUUCUACCAGCUGAUAUUUUCACUCCUGGCGAUGGUGUUAAUACUGAAACUCGACCUCAACCAUCAAGCUCACAGCAUAAUCACGAAGCCUCAGAAGCUCCUUCUCCUACAACCGCUCAUGACACCAUUGUUAUCAGCACCGAAUCUCCACAAGACUAUGAGGUGGCUCCACCCCGUCAAUCGAUCCGCAUGAGACGCGGUAUUGCCAAUUUGAUUGAAGAAGAAAAUGAGCAAUGGGGCACGGAUUGUGAUGUCGACGUGGAUAUUUUGAGAAGCUUUGUACGCCAUCCGUGCAACCCUCGCUUUUUCCCUAUUCUUCACUUCUCCGGAGAUAACAUCACUUUAGAUCCUUAUCCAUUGGACCAUGGAUUGCGGACGCUCUGUCGGUCUCCGCUUGAAUCGAUGUACCUCCCUGAACUUGGGAUGGUUAUUGCCGCCUCCCAGGCCGGUGGAGUUGCCAUCAUCACUCUUACAUGGCAGGAGGAAAUUGGCCACACAUUCCGCCUAGACUGGCUUCUCCCUUUCCCCAACCAGGACGGGGACGAUGGAGGUCCACCACAACCUUUUAUGGGUAUUGCUGCAAGCCCCAUGCCUGGAUUUGAGAUACCGCCGGAUGUCCCUUGUAUUCCUCGGGAUGUCAACCCCAAAGAUCGGUUGAGUUUCAAUCACCGUCUGCUCAACCCAGAUAAAGAUGAGCAUUCUGCCACAAACCUGCCCGAAUUCGGGGCUUCCAGUCCCUCUGUCCCAGAUCUUAACCCUAGCCCCGAAGAUCCGAACCUCACAAUUCCUGAAACCCAUGCCUAUGCCUCUGAUAUCUACCAACCUCAUGAGACCUGGCAUGGUUACCACCCUUCUCGACAUUACAGGUUGAUUUUGCUAUUCUGUGAUCUCACGGUCAUGAGCUAUGAAUUCUGGCAUGACUGGAGAGGUUAA